UUUUGUGGCGCAGUUAAGAGACUGGGGAGGUUAGUCGAGAGGCAGACGUCGCGUGGGAAGGCUUGGGCAGCUGGUCGCCGCACACAAACAGACUUCUGUGCAGCCUGACAGCUUGAUCAAAACUAUUAGAGAGUCAUAGUGCAGCGCUAUCCAGUGUGAGUGACACCAUGAGUGGUUGCCGUGUGUUCAUUGGAAGGUUGAAUCCUGCAGCCAGAGAAAAGGAUGUGGAGAGGUUUUUCAAGGGGUAUGGACGGAUCCGAGACAUUGACCUGAAAAGAGGCUUUGGAUUUGUGGAGUUUGAAGAUCCCAGAGAUGCGGAUGAUGCAGUGUAUGAGUUGGAUGGCAAAGAGCUCUGCAGUGAACGAGUUACAAUUGAACACGCAAGGGCCCGUUCUAGAGGUGGAAGAGGCAGAGGGCGAUACUCUGACCGUUUUAGUAGCCGGCGGCCAAGGAAUGAUAGACGAAAUGCUCCACCUGUAAGGACAGAAAAUCGGCUUAUUGUAGAAAAUUUGUCAUCCAGAGUUAGUUGGCAGCCUAUCUGUGUCGUUGGCCUUAUGACGAGGAGUGCCUGUGGGUUAUCCUAAUCGUUCUGUCUUGGUCACUCUUGGUUGGGCCUGGUUGACUUUUCCAGUCAGCUCCUCCAGUGUAUCAGUUGGCCACCUCUAGAUCUGUGUUUGCCGGUCUAGACGUAAUCGAUGCACUUCCUUAAAGUGCUGGGUUGCGGCGAUCCCCGAGAGUUAACGAGAUCUGAUUCCUAAGUUGAGAACUGUUCUUCCUGUAACGCUUCGAAAUAAGAGAUCCUGAUCAAGAGAGUUGAAAGAUACGCAUUAGGUGGUCGUUGGAAUCCUGAUCGCAGUAAAGUGGUCCUUGGUGUAACUGCUCAAGAGUAGAGAAUGUCUGGAUCCGCCAGUAGUCUGCUAAUAGGGAGGGCUGUGCGAUUAAAGGCUUCCACCGACUGGGUAGUGUUCUUCAAAUGGUUGGCGAAGAGCCAGUCGGGCAUGUAUCAUGACGGUAUCUUCGAUCGCUUAAUGCAGUUUGCUGCUUGGCUAGCCUAGGGAAAUUUGAAUGAAGGUAAAGUAAACUAUAUUUUUAAUGGCAUAUGGGGCACAAAAUAAUUGGUGCUUUUUUAAAUGUACUGUUUAAUCAUAAAACAUUGCUUCAGAAUGCUUUGAUACAAAUAAACUCAGUUCAGUAAAGUGCACAGAAAAGUAACUUAAUGUUAAAAUUGAGCAUUUUGCUUAAAGCAAUUUGCUGUUUUCAUUUAUUUCGUGCCCUGACGUAUUCUAUCAAAUAUAGAAUUAUCUACAAGUGUGGUGUCUGCCACAUUUUAAUUAAUAUCUUUUCUUACAGUAGUAAUUUUAAGUAUUAUACUUAAAUAUUGUCUGUUUCUUUGUAUAAUAUAUUUAAUCUCGUGUUAGGAUCUCAAAGACUUC